CGUUGGAGCUUCAUGGUUGUAGCGGUUUUUCGGUUUCACUUACAUUUCCAGUAAGACGCGUGUCACGUGGUCGGAAGUCAGCGGAUCCUCCUCGCUCCUUUUUUCCACGACAUGGAUUUCUUGACAGACCGCGACGUGCAAAAGUACAUGGAGGACGGCUAUGUGGUUCUGGACGGCCUUUUGACCCCGCCCGAGUGCGACCAGCUGCGACAGAGGAUGUCCGAGAUCGUGGACAACAUGGACGUCCCGGCGCACUGCCGCACCACCUUCUCCACCGACCAGGAUGAGCAGCUCAAGACGCAGGGAAACGCAGACUAUUUCAUCACCAGUGGCGAUAAGGUCCGCUUCUUCUUCGAGAAGGGAGUGUUUGACGACAAAGGAGAAUUUGUGGUACCAAAACAUCGAUCGCUGAAUAAAAUCGGACAUGCACUUCAUGCUUAUGAGCCUUUGUACAGAAAAGUGACUCAUUCAGCCAAAGUCCAGGGCAUCGCCAGGAAGCUCGGCCUCGUUCAUCCCGUCAUACUGCAGAGCAUGUACAUCUUUAAGCAACCUGGGAUAGGUGGGGAAGUAAAUCCUCACCAGGACGCCACGUUUUUGUACACGGAGCCCCUGGGUAGGGUGAUGGGCCUGUGGAUCGCCCUGGAGGACGCCACUGUGAACAAUGGAUGUCUGUGGUUCAUCCAAGGGUCCCAUAAAACAGGCGACUUGACUCGACGAAUGGUGCGGACCCCCGAGGGCACCUAUCCCCUGACAGACUUUGUCGGCAAAGAGCAGGACUACGACGACAACAAGUUUGUCCCAGUCGAAGUCCAAAAAGGUGGCGUCGUGCUGAUUCACGGCCAAGUGGUGCAUCGCAGUGCUAAGAACGUCUCUGAGGACUCCCGGCAUGUGUACACUUUCCACGUCAUGGAGUCACGUGACACCCAGUGGAGCCCCGAGAACUGGCUGCAGCCCAGUGAAGAGCUUCCGUUCCCGCCUCUUUACACCAAAUGAAGGAUUUCACGGCAAAGUGACAAGUACUUUUAUUAUCAAAACGGGAUCAUUUCAUACAAAAAUCAAUACAAUGAGUUGAAAUAACACUUUGUGCGUGAAUUGAUUGGACUUUAAUAAAAAAGUUUU